GACUUUUACAGCGACAGGGGCACAACCAGCCAACCGUCUCUUUUACAUCCAAAGAGUUACUGCCGGGACAUCUGCAUAUACACACGCUCUUAUCUUUGGAUUUGUUGUCAACUUUGACUCCCCUGCUCUUCUUCCUCGGCGAGACUGUCACUCGGUGAAGUCAUUUUUUCCAGCCUUCUCUCCCGUCGGCUCGGGGAGGAGAAGAUAGCGCUUCCUCGGUCCUCUAAUCAUAACAGGUUUCCCAGCCCCUGCUUUUUGGCCAGACAUCUCCUCCGCAGUGCUCGGGAUUUCCACUCUCCAGUCUGACCGUAUUGUUAUGGAUAUUGCAACAGGUCUGGUGUCACUGCAGCGCCUCUCCGCGGGAGAACGCUCCGAGACGUGCGUCAUGCUGGACGGCAUCAAGAUCGAAGAUCAUCCGCUGCGAUCCGGGCCGGCCACGCUGGGAGUCAUGCUCGGGACCGAGUGCCACCACAGGUCUGUGUGUGAAGGAUGCCAGCGUCCCAUCUCCGACCGCUUCCUGAUGCGAGUCAACGACUCCUCGUGGCACGAGGAAUGUUUGCAGUGCACCGUGUGUCAACAACCUCUCACCACCAGCUGUUACUUCAGAGAAAGGAAACUUUACUGCAAACACGACUACCAACAGUUGUUUGCAACCAAGUGCAGCGGCUGCAUGGAGAAGAUCGCCCCCACGGAGUUUGUGAUGCGCGCCUUGGAGUGCGUCUACCACCUCAACUGCUUUUGCUGCUGCGUGUGUGACCGCCAGCUCAGGAAGGGCGACGAGUUUGUCCUGAAGGAGGGUCAGCUGCUUUGCAAGGUUGACUACGAGAGGGAGAAAGACUUACUCAGCUCUGUCAGCCCAGAUGACUCAGACUCAGAGAAAAGUGAUGAUGAGGAGUUGGACAUCAAACCAGAGAAAGGCAUCGGAAGCCAGGGGAAAGGGGAUGAUGGGAAGGAUCCAAGGAGGCCCAAAAGACCACGCACCAUUCUGACCACUCAGCAGAGACGGGCCUUCAAGGCCUCCUUUGAAGUGUCCUCAAAGCCCUGCAGAAAGGUGAGGGAGACGCUGGCUGCGGAGACGGGACUCAGUGUUCGGGUGGUCCAGGUGUGGUUCCAGAACCAGAGAGCUAAGAUGAAGAAGUUGGCAAGAAGGCAGCAGCAACAGCAAGAACAACAGAACUCUCAACGGCUCGGCCAAGAGGUGAUGUCUAAUCGAAUGGAGGGGAUGAUGAACUCCUUCACACCCCUGGCUCCGCCGCAGCAGCAGCUGGUCGCCAUGGAUCAGAACGGCUACAGCACAGACCCGUUCCAGCAGGGGCUCACCCCCCCACAGAUGCCUGGGGACCAUAUGAACCCAUAUGGUAACGACUCUGCAUUCCAUGAUAUAGACAGCGACACGUCUCUAACCAGCCUCAGCGACUGCUUCAUGGCGUCAUCGGAAGUCAACUCCUUGCAGGCCCGCAUAGGGAACCCCAUCGACCGCCUCUACUCCAUGCAGAACUCUUACUUUGCUUCGUGAAAACAGCAGAGAGACACGCAUCAGCACAGAAUAAACUGCCCAUCUCCACCUACAGCGCGACGACCAGGGGGCUUCCACACUGCAACGGACACGGCCCGCGCCGACGCCCCUGGUUACGCGCGGAUGCUUACUCAAAGAUCGUAAACCACUUGUCGUAGGAAAGUGAAGAAUCGGGGGGAGGGGGAGACCUAAAUAUUGUUAGAGAUUAUUUGGUAGGAUUGCCUAAUUGUCACAAGGGAUAUUUUUUUGGUUCACUUAUAGAAAAUAAGUAGAUAUUGAAGCCACCAAUUACACACUCUCAAACCAAAUAACACAGUGACUUUAUACAGUGCAUGAUCAAUUGUAAACUAAAACGUUUUGUAAGCCCCCUCCAACCUCCACCCCCGGUUAAGAAUGUGGUGUUUGGACUGUUUUCUCUUCACACUACAUGGACUUUCAUGUUCACCGUUAGCAUUUUGAUCAAUUGCCAUAGGUUUAGGUAUUGUGUUAAUAGUAAAUAGGUCGCAGCAUGUCUGCAAGAGUGACUGUACAUUUGUGUAUGUAUGAGAGGUCGUAAUGAGAACGAGUUGUUUAGCGAAGGAAAAAGCGGAGCAUUGGGUGGGCAAGUCGGAUCAGUGAAGUGUAAAUACUUUCCCCAGGCAAAUUGGAUGUGCAUGUUAAAAAUGGAAAGCAUUCUAUUUAUUUAACUAUAACAGGCUCUUGAAGGUACAUUAUAAAAGUGAAAAGCUUUAUUUAAAAAGAUCCUUUUUUUUUUGUUGUUGUUGCGCAAUUAGUGAGUUCACGAGUAUGACAACUCAUCUGUAUAUCUUAUUUUAAUAUGAAGAUUAACCCUUUUGUUUGUUUUUUUUCCCUCUCAGCCAAGCUGUAAAUGAGCAAAGUUGCUAUUUAUUUCGUACACACCAUAAACCUUUUGUUGUCUCUGUCCAUUGUGCAUUCUCAAAAUGUUAAAAGUUGCUAAUUGACCAAAGUUGACUGGUUUGAUAAAUAAACAAUGUCUUUCUCCUGAUAACAUUAAAUAAA